AUGGGCAUUCUUGAAGAGCUUACCGUUUCUUCAGUGUUAGUUGGACUUGGAAUUGUUGUAACUACUGGUUUUGCUAUAUCAGCAUUUGUAGCCAAUUUCCAAAAGAAAAGCCAAAAAAAAAGAACAUUAGUGGAUUCAAAUACAAAGAUUCCAUUGCCACUUAUUCAAAAACAUAUUAUUAGUCAUGACACACGGAGAUUUAGAUUUGAAUUGCCAUCUAAAAAUCAUAUUCUUGGUUUACCAAUAGGGCAACAUAUACAUUUAUCAGCGAGAAUAAAUGAGGAAUUGGUUGCCCGCGCAUAUACACCAGUCAGUAGUGACAAUGAUGUUGGAUAUAUGGAUUUGGUUAUUAAAGUUUAUUUCAGAGACCAAAAUCCUAAGUUCCCUGAUGGUGGUAAAUUAACGCAAUAUCUUGAAAAAAUGGAAAUUGGAGACACAAUUGAUGUGCGUGGACCUUCUGGUCGUCUCAUAUAUCAUGGUCGUGGAGAUUUUGAAAUUAAAGCUGUUAAAAGAAUAGAUCCUUCUCAUAACCUUUACGCUAAAAAGAUAUCAAUGAUUGCUGGUGGUACUGGUAUUACACCAAUGUUGCAGUUGAUUAGACAAGUCACUAGAGAUCCUAAAGAUGAAACCAAAUUGUCAUUACUCUUUGCCAAUCAGACUGAAGAAGAUAUAUUAUUAAGAGAUGAAUUAGAAGAAGCUGUUAAAAGUCAUCCAGAUCGAAUCAAAGUCUGGUAUACAGUUGAUAGACCUACUGAUGGAUGGAAGUAUAGUGUUGGAUUUAUAUCAUCCGAUAUGAUAUCAGAACAUCUAUAUCCACCAGCUCAAGAUACAUUAGUGUUGAUGUGUGGACCUCCUCCAAUGAUAAACUUUGCAUGUAUUCCAAAUCUUGAUAAACUUGGAUAUGAUGCUAAGUUAAGAUUUUCUUAUUAA